AAAGCUCCGUCUGCUAUCACGCCAAAACAACUGUUUCAUUCAACAGCUACAGCUCAGGAAAACAUCCACUGAGAUACAUUUUCCACAGAGAAAUUGUUGUGACGAUUCCACCUACCAAUACACUGCAAAAAUCAUGAAGCUUAACAAGUAUUUUCUUCUUAUAUCCAGCAAUAGUAUCUUAAUUAUAUUGUUUUGAGUAUAAUUUACUUACUGACCAUAGCUUUAUGUGCUUAUUUAAUUAUUUUAUUGUUGAAAGAGUUCUUUUUAGGAUUGACAUUGUGAGCUUUUUCAUGCUUUUCAAUCUUUUCAUCUGUUGAAUAUGGUGAGGUUUUUUUUUCCAAGUAUUUCUGGCUUAUUAUAAUGUUACUACAGUCUGGCUUUUCAGGCCACAAUUGCAGAAAAUAAGUAUAUUUGUAUUUAUUUCAAGACAUCGUAGUUUUUUCCAGUUUCUAGAUAUUUUUACUUAUUUAAAAAAAUCUUACAAAGAAACAUUUACUUACUGCACUGGCAGAUAAUUUGACUUGUUUCAAGCAUUUCUUUGCUAAAUUCUAGUUAUUUAUUUAUUUCUUAUUUUUUGUCAGUUGGUUUUUGCAGUGUAUGCACACACACACACACACACUUCAGCAUUGAUCUAUUUUAUUUUUUAGCAGUGUGAAUCAUCAGAGGCCCCACGAUACGAUUUUAUUGUGAUUAUGCUUGAUGCAAACGUACAGAGUGUAUCUAUACCUAUUGAUAGUCUAGCAGUAUAAUUAUCAAAUGAAAAUCGCUUGUUAUUUGCUCAGUCUGUAGACCGAUGUGUUGUACUAAUACUAUUGUGUUUAUGUGCCUCUAUUACAUGUUAACCAGAGUGUUCCUAGAAGAGAGAGGACUGGUGGGGAGGGUCACCACCUCAUUCUUGAAAAAAAAGUGGGAAAACCUCAAGCAGAAAUACAAGGAUCUUAAGAACCCCCCGACUGGUGUGAGCACAGAGGGGGGUGAGACCACUGCCGCGUCCUGGAAGUGGUUUGAAUUAAUGCACGAGGCAAUUGGGGACAGGCCGUCUGUGACGCCACCUGUCCUCAUUGCCACGUGUGCCCAGGGCGCGGUAGUGUUCACCCCCCCCACUGUGCUCACACCAGAAAGGGCUAGUGUUGAGGCAGCAGAGGAGGAGCCCACACCUUCCAGAACCUCCACAGCGUCCACCCCCAAAAGGCGGCGGGUGGACGUUGUGGAGGUGCUCCAGGACCUGCGGAGCCAGGAUGAGCAGGAGUGGAGGGAGAUGAAAGAAGAAGAGAGGCAGAGAGAGGAGAGGAAAGAGGCAGAACAGGCCAGGCAGGAAGCUGAGAGAGAGCGAAGAGAAGAGAGGAGGUAUAGAGAGAUGGUUCAGAGGCAGGAGAGGUGCCACCAGGAGGCAAUGGCCAGGGAGGAAAGGUGGAGAGAGGAGGUGAGAGCCAGAGAUGAGAGGAGGGACCAGGAAGCUGCAGCCAGGGAGGAGCGCUUCUUGGCCAUCCUGGAGAGGCUGGCAAGAAGAUGAACUUUUUUUAUAUUGAUCUGUUUCGUUGUUUUUAUUGUUCAGGUGUUAAUAAUGUAAAUGUAAAUAAGUUAAGUUAUGUUCUUGUUGUGAAUGUUUUAUUUGUUAAAUAAUGAAUGUUUUAUGUUAAAUAAAUAAAUAAAUCAAUGUUCAUACACAGGUGUUGAAAUUG